AUGUUCGUUCCGUGGCACAAGUGCCCAGGAGCGUCCAACUGGAUCAGUUACAUUGGCGUAGUGAAUCGCAGUCAGCGCGAUAUCGAUGGCCACAAAGAUAUCAAGGCUGCCCUGGCCGCGGAGCGUAAAUUCUUCCUCAGCCACACUUCCUACCGACACAUGGCGGAUCGCAUGGGCACUCCGUUUUUACAAAGCACUCUCAAUCAACAGCUCACUAAUCACAUUCGAGAUACUCUGCCUGGGCUACGAAACAAGCUGCAGUCGCAGAUGCUCGCUGUGGAAAAAGAGGUGGAGGAGUAUAAGAACUAUCGGCCAAGUGACCCUUCCUUCAAGACAAAGGCCCUUUUACUGACUGUCCAGAGUUUCGAAAAUGACUUCCACCAAGCGAUCGAUGGUGGUGGCGCUGAAAUCGACACUAAAAAUCUGUCAGGUGGUGCUUUGAUCAAUCGCAUCUUCCAUGAACGCUUUCCUUACGAAUUGGCCAUGAUCCAAACGGACGAGGAAGAGUUGCGAAAGGAGAUCAGCUACGCCAUUCGCAACAUUCACGGUAUCCGCACCGGUCUGUUCACUCCGGAUCUGGCCUUCGAAACCAUCACUCGAAAACAAAUUGAGAAAAUGAAGAUCCCAUCCGUCAAAUGCGCCGAUCUGGUUGUUAAUCAGCUCACCGAGGUGGUUCACUGUUGCACCAGCCGUAUGGAAAAUUUUCCGCGACUUCGCGAGGAAACCGAACGCAUCGUGAACCAGUGGAUCCGAGAACGUGAGAUUCGCGCAAAGGAGCAGAUCAUUCUACUGGUGGACAUCCAGUUAUCUUACAUGAACACAAAUCACGAGGACUUUAUCGGAUUUGCCAACCACAUACGUCGUACACGCCUGAGUUUCCCACCAACCGACGCAUUACCUCGUUCUUAUUCCACUCGCUCCAACGUCAUCCCAUCCGAAGACCCCGGCAACAGACUUCGUGAAGACCAGAUCCCUACGCAAUCUGAUAUUCUCAUUAUUGGUGGUGGCCUUAUCGGCUGGUCCGUCGCGUUCUGGAUGAGAUGGACAACCAAAUUUGGGGUCACUGUGGUGGAACGCGAUCCAACUUACCGUUGCGCAGCUUCCUUCUUGGGCCUUGCUUCCUGCAGACAGCAGUUCUCCGAACCGGAAAACAUUCAAAUGUCCCUAUUUGGUAGUGAAUUUAUACGGAACAUCCGAGACUAUCUCACUGUGUCCGAGGAUCUACCCCUAGAUAUUGAGUUCAAUCCUCAAGGGUGCCUUUUACUAUCUGACCAAUCACAAGCGGAAAAUAUGCUGUACAAUUACCAGUUACAGACUGAGCUUGGAGCGAAAGUAGAGUUACUCGAUAAGGAAACUCUGAGCUCUCGCUGGCCAUGGUUGAACUUAGAUGGUAUUGAACUGGGAUGCUAUGGAUAUGAAAAUGAGGGGUGGUUUGACCCUUGUCUCCUAUUAAAAGCCCUUCGAGCCAAGUCUGUACUUCUGGGUGUUAAUUAUGUCGUUGGCGAGGUUGUAGAUUUCAACGCCUCUCCGCAUCUCUUGGAGAUCAGUUUUCCCGACAUGCCUCGACGUCCUCCUGUGGUGGGGCGAUUACUGAGGGAAGCCAUUAUCGCUUUACCUAGCGGAUCGACGUCCAACAUUACCUUCGCUAAUGUGGUCAAUGCAGCUGGCCCUUGGGCAGCGGAUGUAGCCCGACUGGUCGAAAUUGGAAACACCGAACAACUCUCGGUUCCCCUACCUGUGGAGCCACGGUAA